UAACAUACGCAUUGUAUCUAGCUAGAUCUUAAGAUGGCGUUGAAUUGGGGACCAGUGUUAAUGUCGGUGAUUUUUUUCAUCGUAUUGACUCCCGGAGUAUUGUUUCAGGUUCCGGGGAAGACCAAAGUGGUUGAGUUUGGCGGGUUUCAGACAAGCGGUGCAGCCAUCGUUAUUCACACACUCAUCUUCUUUGCAUGCAUCACAGUCUCCCUUAUCGCUCUUCAUAUCCACAUCUACGCUGCCUAGUUAAUUUGACAUUGCACCGUCCCUCAUCGCUAGCUGCAUCCUUAAUGAUAUUUUUCCUGUCUUUUUUUUUUGUUAUUCUGUUUUGAUCAUCUUUGUUUCCUGAUUUCAGUUAAGUACUUGUACUGGAAUUACAUUAUUGAAUUUCUUUUCGUUGUUAGUGUUUGUACCCUCUAAAAUUAUAUCAUAUUAUCUCAGGAUA